UGUCACAUUAUUUUCUAACAUUAAUUACACUGUUCAACCUCCCAUUACCACCUUCUCUCUUCCUUAUUACCUCUCCACUUCACUCCAUUCCACACUCACAACUCUUUCAAUGUCUACCACACUAACCAAACUCCACUCCACAUUCCUCUCAUUCUUCUUCCUCUUCCCUCUUCUUCUACAAUCAUCUUCUCUAAAUCCAGACACACAACCAUUACUAGCAUUCAAAACAUCAUGCGACAAAACAAACUCACUCUACAACUGGAACUCUUCAACUAACCCAUGUAGCAGUCCCACUUCAUGGGUCGGUGUUUCUUGUCUUAACAACCGGGUCACCCGACUAGUCCUCGAAAACUAUAACUUAACUGGAUCAUUUCAUAACCUCACAUUACUCAAUGAGUUACGUGUAUUAAGCUUAAAAUACAACAAUUUUUCGGGUCGGGUAUCUGAUUUAUCUAACCUUAAAGCACUUAAACUCUUGUUUCUUUCACAUAAUGAGUUUAACGGUGAGUUAACGCCGUUAACUUCGUUAUAUAAGCUUUACAGGCUUGAUUUGUCGUAUAAUAAUUUUUCCGGCGAGAUUCCGGUAACGUUCAACCGUUUGACCCAUUUGUUAACUCUAAGAUUAGAAGAAAAUGGAUUUUCCGGUGAGAUUUCUAGGGUUAGUUUGCCUGAUUUGCAAGAGUUUAACAUUUCAAGCAAUAAACUUGAAGGUAAAAUACCCUUUUCGCUUUCCCAUUUCCCUGAAAAUGCGUUUUUAAACAACCCGGUUCUUUGUGGUGACCCGCUACCCAAAUGUCAAAACCCGACCCGCCCCGACCCGGCCGGAGCAACGGCGUCUCCGGUGAGUCCGAAAACCAUAGUAUCUUCUUCUCCGGGUCGGGUUCCUGAUUCGACCCGACCCGACCCGAAGAGCGGGGCCCGGCGUGGUAGGAUGAGCUCGUUGGCGAUAGUUGCUAUUAUAUUGGGUGAUGUGUUUGUUUUGGGGGUGGUGUGUGUGUUACUGUACUGUUUUUUCUGUACUAGGAAAAACGGGUCGGGUUGGAGGUAUGGGUCGGGUCAGGUUCUUGCAGGGGAGAAGAUUGUGUACUCGUCGAGCCCGUAUCCGAAUACUACGGGCCAAACGGGUGGCGGCGGGUUUGAGAGAGGGAAGAUGGUGUUUUUCGAAGGGGCGAAGAGGUUUGAACUUGAGGAUUUGUUGAGAGCAUCAGCUGAGAUGUUGGGAAAAGGUGGAUUUGGGACUGCUUAUAAAGCUGUAUUGGAUGAUGGAAAUGUUGUCGCGGUGAAGAGAUUGAAAGAAUUGAAUGUUUGUGGGAAAAAGGAAUUUGAACAACAAAUGGAAGUUUUGGGAAGACUUAGACACCCAAAUUUGGUUAGUUUGAAGGCUUAUUACUUUGCUAGAGAUGAGAAGUUGUUGGUGUAUGAUUUCAUGACUAAUGGCAACUUGUUUUGGCUUCUCCAUGGAAACAGAGGACCUGGAAGAGUUCCUUUAGACUGGACAACUAGGUUAAAGAUUGCAGCUGGAGCGGCUCGAGGACUAGCCUUCAUCCACAACUCAUGCAAGUCCCUUAAACUCACUCAUGGCAACAUCAAAUCAACUAACAUCCUCAUCGACAAGAGUGGGAACGCACGUGUCUCCGACUUUGGCCUGGCCAUCUUCGCCAUGCCAUCUUCCGUCCCAAAAACCAACGGCUACCGAGCCCCCGAAGUAGCAUUGGAUGGUCGGAAAAUAACUCAAAAAUCCGACGUCUACUCGUUCGGGGUCCUAUUGCUCGAGCUGCUAACCGGAAAAUGCCCCUCAGUCAUAGACAAUGGUGGUGGGCCCGGGACCGGCGACUAUGGUGGAGCCGUGGACUUGCCAAGGUGGGUGCAAUCCGUGGUGAGGGAAGAGUGGACUGCGGAGGUGUUCGAUUUGGAGUUGAUGAGGUAUAAGGACAUUGAGGAAGAAAUGGUGGGGUUAUUGCAGAUAGCAAUGGCAUGUACUUCAACAUCACCAGAUCAAAGGCCUAAAAUAAAUUAUGUUGUGAAAAUGAUUGAAGAGUUGAGAGGGAUUGAGGUUUCACCUUCUCAUGACACUGCUGAUUCUGUUUCUGACUCUCCUGCUGUCUCUGAAGAUACAACAUGUGGUGCAAGUCAGUGACCCUUUAUUAUCAUAGCUAGUAGUAAAAGUUUUAGUUUUUUAGUUUAUUCUUUUGAGUUCUGUAAAUUAACUUCUUAGUCUUAAUCCUUUAUCUAUAAGAGAGAAUAUUAGGAGAACAUUUAGAAGAUGAAGUUACUCUAUUUUUUGUCAUUGUUAGUUUAUUUUUCAUUGCCAAGAGAUGUGGUGGGAUUGACACGAUCCUUCCACCCUCAAUUAGA